CGUAAACAAAAGCGGGCGCGUGGAGUCGUGGUUUUCGUGAGAAAAUGGAAAAUUCUUAACUUUUCUAAACCAUUUCCUACGCGAUAAGAGUGUAUUCAAGACGGCUGCAACUCUCGCUAUCGUUCUCGUUAGAAAAGCUCAGGGACUCGAGAGCAGGAAAGUGCAAACCGAGAAAAACCGCGACGCAAAAUCCCACGAUCAGGGGAUCUCACUGGGAACCGGCGAAAAGGUUUGUGAUUCGGCAAGAAUUUGUGGUAUUUACGAUCGAAUUCUCCUUCCAGCUAUCACCACGGCAAGUCUCCUACAAAUAAUGAGCUACCGAAUGGACCGAAAAGAUUGCUUUACAUGGGACUAGGUCCCAUCCGGAACAUAGUACAGCUCAGUGGAUUCGACGCUGUGCAGCAUAAGUUCUGGGGCUCCGGGUUGCGUUCCUUCGCCCGUGAUUUGGCUUUUUGGAUUGACUAUAAACUAGAUGACUAUUGGGAUUAUUUUUGGAUACAUCGGGCAACAUCGGCAACGACACACGGUCUCCUCUGUCCUCUGUUGGUAUCAUAGCGUUCAGCGGCACUUAAAAUCCAGUCUACAGCACUAGCCCUCUCGAAAGUUCCGAUCUGGAGCGUUUAAUCGAUCACCAGCUCAGCAGCGAAAGCAUUCUGUUUCAAUUGUCAGAGAGAAGAAAUCGAAUAACAGCCACCAAAAAUGGGAAAACGUAGGGCAAAAAAUACAUCCAACACCUCCAAAGGUGGAUGGAAUAUAGAACCAAUAGAUGAGCCUCCAUUAAAAAAGAAUCUACAAGAAAAUUCGCAGCAGGGCGCUAACCGAAACACCGCAUUUUCGUUUGAAACCUAUCGCUCGCACCACGAAACGGAAGAACACUGGGAAUUGCGCCGGAUGUUUAUGGAGAAGAACCACCACAUUCUGCCAGAGGAUGAGCUCGUUUGUCUCGCACAGGUGUUCCUGAACAUAGAGUUGCUGCACUGCCGGUACCCUCCGGAAACGAUGCGACGCGUGGCGGAACUAGCGGAAGGAAUCGGAAAAGAAUAUCGCGCUCGUCGCUCGAAUAUGCUGCAAAGAACAUUUGUAUCGGCAAGCGAUGCUGCAGCAUCGAAAGUACAAAGGAGGGCCCCCUGCUAUGCAACAAACGAUGUUAAACAAGACACAGCGCAAAAUCGGGGUCCUUCGAGAAACGAAUCGCUCACAAUGGACGAGAUAUUUAGCAAGAUAGUGAUUGUUAACAACUGCAUCAUACAAACAACGAACGAGUUCAACCGGUUAAGAUGUGGCGUCUCUAUGACCGAUACCUGUACAGAGCUACAGACGGGUGACCACGAGGCCGUGGUGAUGAUUGGAGAGUUGGUACUCGGUAAAGCAGUUCACGCGAACAAGAAGAACGCACGACAACUGGCCGUAAAACAGGCUUUGGAGUAUCUCGGCCAACGUUGCUAUACUUUAACGCGCAAAAAGCUGCCAACACAAAUGAGCGGUGCCAAUAUAGUACAAAAGAAGGAUUCGGAAGAUGCUGCAUCGAAAGUUGCAGAGGAGCCCAAGCUAGACACCAAAAACAUUGGCUUCAAGCUGAUGCAAAAACUUGGCUGGAAGGGUGGUGGAUUGGGAGUGAAAGACGAUGGAAUUGUGGAUCCUAUUACUGCGCAGAUCAAGAUAGGUCGCAAAGGAUUGGGCAACCAGGAGAAAGCGGAUGAAAGCGGUUUAGACACAAAGUUUAUCAAAACAGUGUUGAGAAACUUCAAAAACUCACACAUGGAGUACGAUCUAGUGUUUAGUGUCGAUUUUUCGAAGGAGGAUCGAGAAGUAAUUCACAGGAUUGCCAAAUCUUUUGCCCUCCGGACGAAAAGUUUCGGGAACGACAAUCAAGGCACGAGGCAGCUAGUAGUACUAGCGAACCGAUUGUCUCCACUCGAGAUAAUUGAUAAAGUUUUGCUGUUUGGUGAUCCGACGUAUUGUGAAAUGUACGAGGUUGUGAGUCCAAAUUCUUCGGAAGUAAAAGAGGCCUUGUAAAUAAACCGAGGAAAUGUACUUUGAAACAUU